ACAUUGAUGAGUGUGAGACAGACUCCCACCAGUGUAACCCCACCCAGGUGUGCAUCAACACAGCUGGAGGAUAUACCUGCUCCUGUACCGAGGGCUACUGGCUGGUCGGGGGACAGUGUCAGGACAUUGAUGAGUGUCGCUACGGGUACUGCGAGCAGCUGUGCGCCAACGUGCCAGGCUCCUAUUCCUGCUCCUGUAACCCUGGCUUCCUCCUCAACCCUGACAGCAGGACCUGCCAAGAUGUGGAUGAGUGUGAGGACAACCCCUGUACCCAUGGCUGUUUCAACACCUACGGCUCCUACAUGUGUAACUGUGAUCAGGGAUUUGAGCUGGCUUCUGACGGGACCACCUGCAAUGACCUGGACGAGUGUGGUUUCUCAGAGUUUCUGUGUCGGCACCGCUGUGUGAACACCCCUGGCUCCUUCCAGUGUCACUGCCCAGCGGGAUACUACCUUUAUGAGGAUGGGAGGAGCUGUGAAGAUAUCAAUGAGUGUGAGACUGGUAACAACACGUGUACAACAGCACAAUUUGUUUUCAAUUUCCAGGGACGCUAUACGUGCUUGGAUCCGCUAAAAUGUGAUCCGCCGUACGUUGAACUCGGUGACAAUCAGUGUAUGUGUAGUGCUGAGAACCCAGCUUGUAGAGACAGGCCCUUCACCAUCCUUUACCGCCACAUGGACCUGUCCUCAGGCCGCAGCGUCCCAGCAGACAUCUUCCAGAUGCAGGCCACUACCAGAUACCCUGGGGCUUUCUAUAUCUUCCAGAUCAAAGGACCGGGCAACGAGGGACGAGAGUUCUACAUGAGGCAAACCAGUAACGUGAGUGCCACUCUGGUCCUAUCUCGGCCCAUCAAGGGUCCCAGGGAGCUGGUCCUGGACCUGGAGAUGGUAACCGUUAACAACGUCAUCAACUUCAGAGGCAGCAGUAUCAUACGGCUCACGAUAUACGUGUCAGAGCAUCCUUACUGAGGCCCCUCCCCCCCAUGACCAAUCACCACGUACUCUCACAACCCUAAGGAUAUCAUCCCGGAAUCUUUUACUCUCCAAAUCUACCAUCUCUCAUCAGACAGCUCUGUUCCUGUUAUCUCUGUUCACGAGAUGCGAUGCUGUCUGUCUCUUCUCUCUGUUCAUGAGAUGCGAUGCUGUCUGUCUCCUGUUCUCUCUGUUCACGAGAUGAGAU